GUCAAUGAGAGAAGUGAAAACAUAUUCCCUAGUUGUUAAUCUUCUCGAAAUCUAAUUGCAGAACCUAGAUUCAAGGCAAUAUAUUACGUAGAUUAAUAUGUUAUGACUUCAAUCUCGUGAAAGUGACAAACUUAUAGAUUUUAAAUGUCUUCAAAAACUACUUUAUAUCCAAGAGGUGCCGUUUUUUUGAUGGCCUGCACAUGCGCAGUUCUGCAGGAGACGACCGUUAGACCCGAUGACGUGUUUCUACGCAUGAGUUUAGCUAGCUAACGUCGCCAUGACAUCGCCUACAAUUGUGAUCAUGGAUUUCUAUUGGAGAAGCAGUUGUAGCCUAUCUUCAUACUGUACUGUCUUCGUUAUGGUUGAUCGGCAUUGUAACAGCCAGUGAGCGCUUCCGCAUUGACAAUCGGUGAGCUGUCAUUGCGGGAGAAUGAAUAACGCGAAAUGUAGCAUAUUAAAUCAGAUACCAAGGAGACGAAAGCGGAUUAUACAAUGUGUCUAUGUGGUGGGGUUCAUGGACCUGUUUGGGGUGAGCAUGAUCAUUCCCCUGCUGAGUCACCAUGUCAAGGCGCUGGGGGCCAGCCCCACCGUGGCAGGCUUAGUAGGCUCCACAUAUGGGAUCUUACAACUCUUCUCUAGCACUAUAGUAGGCAGCUGGAGUGACGUGGUGGGGAGGCGGUACUCUAUGCUGACGUGUCUGCUGCUGAGUGCUCUGGGCUACGGCCUGCUGGGGAUGUCCACCAGCAUCGGCCUGUUUGUCCUGGCUAGGAUCCCUGUGGGGCUGUUCAAGCACUCCCUGUCUAUCUGCCGGGCCCUGCUGUCUGACCUUGUGUCUGAGGCAGAGCGCCCCCUGGUGAUGGGACACUUCAAUGCUGCCUCCAGCGUGGGCUUCAUCUUGGGACCCGUGGUGGGGGGAUACCUUACAGAGCACGAGGGGGGCUUCUACACCUCCUCCUUCACCUGUGCCGCAAUCUUCCUCCUCAACACAGGUCUGGUUUGGCUGCUUCCCUGGAGCGAUGCGCUAACCCCACGGGCCAAUGCUAACUACAACAGCAGCGCUAGUAAAGCCAGCUGCCACGUCAACGACAACCACGUCACCUCGACACAGCAAAACUCAUCCCAUGGCAACAGCAACAACCACACUACAGCGUCGGGGCCAGCAGUCACAGGAUCGGGGGCUCCAGAAACAAACCAGAGGGUCUGGAGCUGGGACCUAGACUGGGGGGAGGUGUCACUGCUCCAACCUGCCUGGCGUCAGCUCUCCUCAGUGGGCUCCAAGAUCCGCACGGUGGCCUCCUCAGACAUGUGGGACCUGUUCCUGGUGCGUCUGCUCAUGGCCAUUGCCAUUAUGCUUUACUACAGCAACUUUUCUCUGGCCAUGGAGGAGCGCUUCAUGCUGAAGCCCAAAGCCACAGGUUAUCUAAUUAGCUACAGCUCUACCCUGGGGGCCUUGGCCGGCUGCUUGGUGGGGCCCGUCACCAAACUGUACGGUAACGACAUGCCGGCAUUGUUGCUACACUCUACAGUCCUCACGUGUUGCCUGAUCCUGCUCUACGCCAUGGCGCCGAGUGUCUGGCACGUGUUGUUAAGUUCCACUUUCUUCGCCAUCUCCACGACCAUCGGACGCACCUGCAUCACAGACCUUGAGUUGCAGAAAGGGGGAGCUCACGCCAGUGGCACACUAAUCGGGGCAGGGCAGUCGGUGACUGCGGUGGGUCGGGUGCUCGCCCCCCUGCUUUCGGGGCUGGCCCAGGAGUUUAGUCCCUGCGGGCCACCGAGUCUGGGGGUGGGGUUGGCGUUAGCGGCCGUCGCACUGCUGCUGGUAAGAGUUCCCAAAUGGGACGGGAGAUGCAAGAGGAAAGAGGCCAAACUUGAUAAAACACACAGAGAGUGAGAGUGAAUGAAUGAGAGAGAGAGAAAGAGCACCGACGCGAAACUACCAUCCUCAGGAGAUGUCUGGUCUAAAGACAGCACUGGAGAGAGAACUGAUACAGAACUGUUGGGGUUUGUUGUUGACAUGUCAGCGGGGUGUUUCGUUGUUUGUUUUGUAGCUGUUGACAACGGAACCACAUCUCCGCUCUGCCGUUCUGUUGGUUUGGUCUCAAAGUGAUGACAUCACAGCACCCUGAAAGGAACCGGGUCAUCAUCAGCAUUGCUGUUCCCGUCCUUCAGUACACCAAACAGGUUUAACUGUGAACAAACACCUAGGCCAGCAGCCCUCUGUAAAAGGAGUGAGGGGGUCAAUGCUCAAAUAGACUAGCAUAGGUCAUCAUGUCAAUGGCACAUACAGCCGUGUUAAUAAAGCCUAGGAAUAGUCACAUUUUUAUAUAUGUCUCUUGUGAGAGACAAUAAUAACAUUAAAAAACACAAAAUAUAAAUAUAAUGUACUCCUGCUCUUCCUUUAUAACCACUACAAAUAGUCUAGGAAUGCCUUGAGGUUUCUUUGUCCUGAAAAUGCACUUCAUUUCCCAAAAUGCUCUGUUUCUGACCUACCCUAUGAGUGUGGGCAGCAGGUGAAGAACCUUCUCUUACCUCUCUGGAGCCGAAUUCCAUUUUCUUUCCCUUCUCACUGCAGUGUGUACUCAUUCACCCUCCCUUGAGGGUUGAAAAUAAUUAGAUUGGUGUGAAAGUGUCCACACCAAUCCAAUACCUUUAAAUCCAUUGUGGGGGAGUGAAUGAGUACACACUUUGGGGAAAAGGGUCAAGCACUGAAUUGAGCUUGAGUAAGGGUAGUCCACAGCCACAAAUCUAGGAUAAGCUUACAUUUCCCAAAUUCUAACCCAAAAGUGUCUUAGAUCAGUGUAUGUUGGUAACUUCAGCCUACUUCUUUUUAAACCACUGUUUACCCUCAUUGCACUGCUUUUUAACAGGAUCCUGUCGAACUAAGGUAUCAGGACACUUUCAAUGGACGUUUGUAUAUAUUUUUUGCUUUUAAUUUUAAACCCCAUAGUCCAUAUUGAUUUUAUUCAAAUUAAUUGAUUUAUCAGAAAGUGGGCUUAAUUAUCAAUCAAAUAAAAACAUUUGAAUUAUUAUUUUGAUAUGACGUUUUCCUCUUAUUUUGAAUGGGGUUGCCCUUACAAUGACCCAAAUGCUACUGAAUGUUAUGAAGACAAAAUUAUUUUAUUGAAUGAUAGAUCAAUCCAAUUCUAGUAUAUCUAAACUUGUGAAUGCCAACGACAGUUCCAUAACUUACGUUUUAUUAAAUGUUUUAUUUGAUGAUG